AUGGUGUUGUGUAAGCCGAAGCUUUUACCUCUAAAGUCAGUAACGUUAACAAAGCUGGAGAAGAUGCAGCGCGAUGCCCAAGAAGUCAUCCGCCAGCAGGAAAUGGCGCAGUUGGAUCAGCAGAAUUCCCAAACCUGA